UAGUUGCAUACUUUAGGAUGUAGACUGUUAAAAGGCUGAUUUAGCCGCGCUACUGCAAAAAAGGCCAUGCCGACUAAAUAGUUUUUAGGAAGACUGCAGUUUGGUCUUUAGUGAGCUUCACGAUGAUGGCCACAAUGUCUACCGGAGGUCCGGGGGACCCGCAUACGCAGAUGAACACGUACAGGAGCUACGUGACCAUGUUAGCGGAUCCCGGCGCCAAGGAUGAGAUCAAGCUGAAAGCUGCGCAAGAGCUUAGUGAAAAUUUCGAGGUGAUACUGAGCUCUCCUCAAUACCCCCAAUUCCUCGCUCACUCAUUGAACAUAUUCCUCAAGAUAUUAAGAGAAGGCGAACCUCACUUCAUAGCCGAGUACAAUAUUCAGCAAGUUCGGAAGCUGAUUCUAGAGAUGAUUCACCGUCUGCCCAUAAGUGAGACACUGAAGCAAUAUGUGAAUGACAUCCUGAUACUCAUGCUGAAACUGAUGGAGAUUGAAAACGAGGAGAAUGUGUUGGUGUGCUUGAAAAUAUUUAUGGAGCUCCAUAAACAGUAUAGGCCCCCAUACAAUACUGAAGUUGAUAUUCACAAGUUUCUUCAGUGGGUGAAAGGUAUAUACUCUGAUUUGCCAAAUCACUUGCCCAAAAUAUUUGAGCCGAAGCCUACAAUCAGAGUGAAGGACUUGUCGGAGGUGAACAUUGAACAGUUGCUGCAGGAGACGUAUACCACUACCCCUAUACACACAGAGAAGAAGUUACUUGAUGGAAGUGUGGUCACAUACAACCUCAUACCAAGGUCUGUGCUGUCACUGAAAGUGAUCCAAGAGCUGCCCAUCAUAGUGGUGCUGAUGUACCAGCUGUACAAGCAGAAUGUGCACCAGGAGGUCAGCAACUUCAUACCUCUCAUCAUGGAGACUAUCACUUUGCAACCUGCCGCCGCACACAGACAAUCUGCAUCAUUUAACAAAGAAGUGUUUGUGGACUUCAUGGGUGCUCAGAUAAAAACGCUCGCGUUUCUAGCUUACAUAAUUAGGAUAUACCAGGACACGAUUGCUAAUCAUGCCAAUCUUAUGGUGAAAGGCAUUAUAGGCCUGUUGACUCUGUGCCCACCUGAAGUGGCGCAUUUAAGGAAGGAGUUGGUGAUAGCAACUAGACAUAUUCUUGCUACAGAUUUGAGACUGAAAUUCGUUCCCUACAUGGAGCGUUUAUUUGACGAGGACGUGUUACUCGGUGGUGGUUGGACGGUUCACGAGUCGCUCCGUCCGUUAGCGUACUCUACACUUGCGGAUUUGGUGCACCACGUUAGACAGCACCUGCCGCUGACUGACUUGGCUAUCGCCGCGCAUCUCUUCUCUAAAAAUGUGCAUGAUGAAUCGCUGCCCACUAGCAUUCAAACGAUGUCAUGCAAGCUCCUCUUAAACCUGGUUGACUGUAUCCGUCAGCGCUCGGAGAGCGAAGCGGCGCCCGGCGGCGGCGCGCAGCCGCAAGGCCGGCAACUGCUCAUGAGGAUACUGGAGGUUUUCGUGCUCAAGUUCAAAACUAUCUCCAAGCUGCAGCUGCCUGCGCUCAUGGCCAAGUGCAAGCAAAUGACCGCGCCCAAUGGCGGAGCUGCCGUUACCACUCCGAACACCCCCACCACGCCAGCACCCUCAACCUCCACCGAAAUCAAAGUAGAAGAGGAAAAGCCAGCCCCAGACUUCCUAGACAGCCUAUCCAAGCCUGAAGAAAAGUCUAAGAUAGGCUUCCCGAGCUCACAGAUGAAUAAUCUGAAUGUGGGCGACUAUAGGACGCUGGUGAAAACCUUGGUGUGUGGCGUGAAGACUAUUACGUGGGGAUGCGCUUCAUGUAAAAGCACGACAACAACGGAAGGCACAGCAUCGGCCACCAUAGCGGGCCAGAAGCAGUUCACCGCCCGCGAGACGCUGGUGUUCAUCCGGCUGGUUGGCUGGGGGCUGCAGUCGCUGGACAUCUACACGCUGGCGGCGCCGCGCGCGCCCGCGCAGCCCGUCGCGCAGCCGCACGUGCGCUCCAAGGAGGAGAAGGAGGUGCUCGAGCACUUCAGCGGGGUGUUUUCAAUGAUGAACCCGCAAACGUUCCAAGAAAUAUUUACUGCGACGAUCUCACACAUGGUUGAGAGAAUCAAUAAAAACAUGACGUUGCAAAUAAUCGCAAACACUUUCCUUUCGAACCCGGCGACAUCGCCGAUAUUCGCGACGGUACUGGUCGAGUACCUUCUCAAACGGAUGGAGGAAAUGGGAACCAACAUUGAAAGGUCCAACUUGUACCUGAGAUUAUUUAAGCUGGUGUUCGGCUCAGUCAGCUUAUUCCCGACGGAGAACGAACAAAUGUUGCGACCGCAUCUGCAUAGUAUCGUCAACAAGGCAAUGGAUUACGCCAUGACCGCCAAGGAGCCCUAUAACUACUUCCUGCUCUUGCGAGCCCUGUUCCGCUCGAUCGGCGGCGGCAGUCACGACCUCCUCUACCAAGAGUUUCUUCCGCUUCUCCCCAAUUUGUUGGAAGGCCUCAACCGCCUUCAGAGUGGUCUCCACAAACAACACAUGAAAGAUCUUUUUGUAGAAUUGUGUUUAACUGUCCCCGUUCGGUUGAGUAGCCUAUUGCCUUAUUUACCAAUGUUGAUGGAUCCAUUGGUGUCCGCACUGAACGGUUCACACACGUUGAUAUCUCAGGGUCUGCGCACGCUGGAGCUGUGCGUGGACAAUUUACAGCCGGACUUCUUGUAUGAGCACAUUCAGCCGGUCCGUGCAGAUUUGAUGCAAGCGCUGUGGAGGACGCUGCAGAACAAUGAAGUGGCCAGAAUAGCCUUCAGAGUUCUAGGCAAGUUCGGCGGCGGCAACCGCAAGAUGAUGAUCGAGCCGCAGCGCUUGGAAUACCGAGAAACUGACGCGCCGCCGCCCGCGGUACAGGCUUACUUCCAAGAUCAACCGAAACCGAUAGAUUUCGAGGUCGACAAAGUCAUCGAUACAGCUUUUGCCGCUUUGAAAUCGAGUACAACUGAUCCCUUCUACCGUCGCCAGUGUUGGGAAGUGCUGAGGUGCUAUCUCGCCGCUUCGCUCAACUUGGACGACACUAAACCGACGCUGCAGAAACUGUUCAAUCAUCCGGCGUUCCUCGAGGGAAAGAUUCAGAGUCAAAACGGACCGUACUACAAAUGCACCAACUCCAUCGUGAGAAACACGCACCGUACCGCCUUGACGGGGAUGUUUGUAGCCGCAGCGAUCAAGGAGCUUCGUCACCACGUGUUGCCAACUAUGAUAUCGCUCGUGCGUCACUACACUCUAGUAGCCAUAGCUCAGGAAGCGGGGCCUUUCGCGGGCGCCAGUCAUCCGAAAGAAGGUCUCGAUGCUUUAGUUCUUGUCGACGCUAUAGCCGUUGUAAUGGGCCACGAGGAGAAAGAACUGUGCAAGCCUGGACACUUAGCGCUUGUUCUGAUGAUUGAGACUGCAGCAACCGUGCUCGGAAGCAAAGAGCGUGCCUGCCGGCUGCCUUUGAUGGAAUAUCUCGCUGAGCGUAUGUCAGCGUUAUGUUAUGAGCGCGCAUGGUACGCAAAACUGGGUGGGUGCAUCGCCGUGAAGUUUAUGUUUGAGAAAAUGGCGCCCGAAUGGGUUUACAAGCACGUAUUCACGUUCCUCAAAGCUGUAUUGUUCGUCAUGAUGGAUCUGACAGGGGAAGUGUCAUCUGGGGCUAUUGACAUGGCGACGAUGAACUUGGAGCGUCUGGUGCGGGUGUGCGUGGUGUCGGGCGUGGAACCGGAGGGCGAGGUGGCGGCGGCGAAGGCGCGCGCCCUGCAUGAUGUGCUGCAGGAAUUGGUACUGCAAGUUACCAGUCCACAUUUGCUAGUCAGGCAACAGGCAAUGAAAUCCCUCGAACUGAUAGCGGAGCUACAAGGCAAGACGGUAACAGAGGUUAUGGAUCCGCACCGUGAGGUUCUUGCGGAUAUAAUCCCGCCGAAGAAACAUCUACUUCGGCACCAGCCGGCCAACGCUCAGAUGGGCCUCAUGGAUGGCACCACCUUCUGUACUACGUUGAAGCCUAGGCUGUUUACUAUAGACCUAAACAUAAACGAGCACAAAGUGUUCUUCCGCGAGCUGCUGUCCCUGUGCGAGGCGGAGGACGCGGUGCUGGGCAAGCUGCCGUGCUACAAGGGCGUGAACCUGGUGCCGCUGCGCGCGUCCGCGCUCAGGGCGCUGGCCGCCUGCCACUACAUACAGGAGAAGCACUGCCGCGAGAAGAUCUUCCAAGUGCUUUAUAAGUCGUUGGAGAAAAACGACCAGGAGCUACAACAAGCUGGUUUCGAAUGUAUGCAGAAAUUCCUCUCCGGCUUCCAAAUCGACAUGGAGAUGGUGCACCCCGUGAUGAGACCUUUGCUCCUGACGCUGGGCGACCACCGCAACCUGAGCGUCAACGGCGCCAAGCGACUCUCGUACUUAACGCAGCUCUUCCCGUCUACGUUUAGUGAAAAAUUGUGCGAACAGUUGCUGCAGUUGCUGAAGAAGCUGUUGGAUUAUUCGAUACAAACGAAUAGAGGCGGCAAUUUCCUACAAAGCGUAUCAAAGAACAUGGAAAACGAGCAAAAGAUCAUAAUCCUGAUCGGCAUCUUCCACCAAAUCCCGGCCGCGUCGCCGCGCUUCAUCGACGUGCUGUGCCGGCUCAUCUUCCACACUGAGAAGUCGCUCAUGAUCGAGGCUGGCUCGCCGUUUAGGGAACCACUUGUCAAAUUCCUAUUAAGAUACCCUAAAGAAACACUCGACCUAGUGAUGAGCGACAACAACAUAAAGGACCAGCAGUGGAGCCGUUUCCUCAUCUACCUCGUGAAGCACCCCGAAGCCGGCUCCGCCUACCGCGAAGCACUCCAGACCUCCAAGAAAGUCCGGCUCAUGCAACUACUAGCAGCCAACACGGGCGCUGCCAGCGCGACCAUCCCUCAAGCGGAUAAGGCGGAGAUGCAGUUCCAGGCGAUCAGAGUUAUUUCGCUGUUGAUCAAGUAUGAUGACCAAUGGUUGUCGACACAGCAUGAUUUGAUUGAGCUGUUGAAGAGGAUCUGGUGUAGUGAUCAGUAUCAUGAAACCCACAAGAAGGUGGAAAACGUGGAUUGCACACAUUGGAAGGAGCCGAAGUUGAUCGUGAAGAUAUUGCUGCACUACUUCUGCCACCAUCCGGACAAAAUCAACUUGCUAUUCCAACUGCUGAGAGCGUUGUGCGAUCGCUUCAUUCCCGAUUUCCAGUUCCUCCGCGACUUCCUCGAGAACACCGUCGCCCAGAACUACACCGCCGACUGGAAGCGGCUGGCUUUCUUCCACUUCGUCGAGCACUUCUCCACGGACUCCAUGUCGCAGGAGCUGAAAGCCAAAGUGCUGCAGAUGAUCCUCAUACCGUGCUUCGCGGUCAGCUUCGAGAAGGGGCAGAAGAUUGUCGGCGGACCGCCCGCGCCCUAUCAGGAUAACUCGGAUAAUGUUGUCUCGGUGUUCAUCAAUAAUGUGAUUGAUCCAGAGAACCCGUUCGCGUGUUCGGACGCAGUUCGCAUCUCGCUGCUGCAGUUCGCUUGCCUGCUGUUAGAGCAGGCGUCGGCUCACAUCCACGACGCCAACAACAAGAAGCAGGGCAACAAGCUGCGGCGGCUGAUGACCUUCGCGUGGCCGUGCCUGCUGGGCAAGAACUACGUGGACCCGGCGACCCGGUAUCAUGGGCAUCUAUUGCUCAGUCACAUCAUAGCCAAAUUCGCUAUACACAAGCGAAUCGUGUUACAAGUGUUCCACAGUCUUCUGAAAGCCCACGCAGUGGAAGCAAGAUCAGUAGUUCGGCAGGCGCUUGAAAUAUUGACUCCGGCGAUGCCACAGCGUAUGGAGGACGGCAACACAAUGUUAACGCAUUGGACGAAGAAGAUCAUAGUCGAAGACGGCCAUUCGGUGCAGCAGCUGUUCCAUAUACUUCAGUUGGUUGUGAAACAUUAUAAGGUGUACUACCCGGUCCGGCACGCGCUCGUCGUGCACAUGGUGGGCGCCAUGCAGCGGCUCGGGCUGUCAGCCACCGCGUCCCUGGAGCACCGGCGGCUCGCCGUCGACCUGGCCGAGGUGGCGCUCAAGUGGGAGCUGCAGCGCAUCCGCGACCACACGCACGAUGACGUCGUGGCGACAUCACCCAGCGGCGCGGUAAAGCGCGGAUCCUCAGAGGACAUGGCGGGCGAGGCGCGCAAGGCACUCAACACGGGCUGGGCGAGUCCUCAAGCUAGUGCGCGGCCCGAGCCUGACGCGGCGAAACCGCUCAACCGCCAGCAUGUGGAUGUGGUCGUCAACCUUCUGUUGCGGUUGGCCUGUCAGGUCUGUAUCACGAAGGAUGUGAACGAAGGCAGCGUGGCGGCGGGCGCGGCGGGCGGGUCGCCGGGCGAGCAGCUGUCGCGGCGCUGCGUGCAGCUGCUCAAGGCGGCGCUCAAGCCGGACGUGUGGCCGCACCACUGCGAGCCUAAACUGGCCUGGCUAGACAAGGUGUUCGCCACCGCCGACAGCAAUGCAGCGGCCUGCGCGAACGCGUGCACCGCGCUCGAGCUCCUCGCGUUCUUACUGGGCGUCUUGCGACGGGAGCAGACGCUAGCCGCCCUCAAACCGCUACAGCGCGGGCUGGCGGCGUGUGUGGCGUCCACAAACGCCAAGAUUGUGCGACUGACGCACAAUUUACUGGCUAAACUGACCGCCAUCUUCCCAACUGAGCCGACGGGCGCAGCGCAAGCUUCAAAAUACGAGGAGCUGGAAACCCUAUACUCCUGUGUCAGCAAAUACGCGUUCGAGGGACUCGCGACGUACGAGAAGUCGGCCGCCGGCGGCGGCGCGGGCGCGCUGCUCGGGCCGCUGAUGAUGCUGAAGGCGUGCUGCGCGUCCAACCCCGCCUACAUCGACCGCUUGUUGCUGCCGCUUAUGAGGGUGUUGCAGCGAAUGGCGCGCGACCACGUGGCGCCUAAUCCGGACGCCUCCAUCUCAGACCUGUUGAUACUGGCUCUAGAUUUACUCAAAGCUCGUGUGUCCGUAAUGCCCGGCGACACAAGGAAGACUUUCAUCGGAAGCGUACUUGUCGGACUUAUCGAGAAAACUACAGAUGCUAAGGUGAUGAAAGCCAUAACCCGCAUGGUGGAGGAGUGGGUGAAGUGCCGCGCGCCGGCGGCGGGGGCGGCGGGCGCGGGGGCGGGCGCGGCGCCGUCGCUGCGAGAGAAGUCCAUUCUGCUCGCCAAGCUGAUGCUGUACGUCGAGAAACGCUUCCCCGAGGACUUGGAGCUCAAUGCGCACUUCCUGGAGCUCAUCAACUAUGUGUACAGAGACGACCAGCUAAAAAUGACCGAGCUGUCCAUGAAGCUAGAGCCGGCCUUCCUCGCGGGCCUGCGCUGCCCGCAGCCGCACAUCCGCGCCAAGUUCUUCGAGGUGUACGACCAGAGCGUCCGCCGCCGCGUGUUCGACCGCCUGCUCUACAUCAUCUGCUCGCAGAACUGGGAGCACAUCGGCCAGCACUUCUGGAUCAAGCAGUGUCUGGAACUGCUGCUUGUCACCUGUGUCUCCAAUACCCAAAUCCGCCUCUCAAACACCAAAUACCUCCUGCCAAGCAUCUCGGCCGUCAUCAACUGGGCAGACAGCGAGGAACGCAAGUCGUUCGUGAUCCUCAGUGCGGUAAAAGAGGAGUCGAGCGAUGGUUAUGGAGACAGCUCGCUAGAUCCUGACAAGGAGGAUGUGCUGGAUAUGGACUUGGACUCCAGCUCCAAUCAGAAGGAGGAUGUCAAGAAUGCACCCAAUAGACAACGCUCCCUAAACCAAAUAGUCGCCAAGCAGUCCGAGUUCCUCGAACUCGCGCGGCGCGUGCGCACGGAGCAGCUGGUGGUGGCGUGCGCGCAGCUGUGCCACAUGGACGACGCGCUGGCGCACCACACGUGGCUGCGGCUCUUCCCCGCGCUGUGGAGCGCGCUCGACUCCACACAACUGCCGACAAUAAUAAAUGAGAUUGUCCCAUUCAUAAUCUCUGGCAUCCAUGUGACUCAAAGGGACCAACCAUUAAGCGCGCUUAACACAUUUAUAGAAGCUCUUGCAAGGUGCAACCCACCCGUCAGUAUUAAACCGCCCAUGAUGAAAUAUCUUGGAAAGACGCACAAUUUAUGGCACCGCAUGACUCUCAAUCUGGAACAAAUGGCGAUCGACCAAGCUGCCGGUCGCGUACCGAAGGAACUGCUGGAAAUCUACGACUACGAGGUUGAAAGUACUACUCCUACCGAGAUACUGGAUUCCCUGAGCGACAUGUAUGAGCUCCUGCAAGAAGAGGACAUGUGGUCCGGGUUGUGGCAGAAGCACGCUCGGUACCGCGAGACCAACUUGGCCAUCGCCUACGAGCAGCAAGGCUUUUACGAACUGGCGCAGGGCGCAUAUGACACCGCGAUGAGCAAGCUAAAACAAGAGUAUGCAGCAAACCCAUCCUCAUACAACAUGCACAAGGAGUGUACUCUAUGGACGCAGCACUGGAUCAAAUGCGCCAAGGAGUUAAACCAAUGGGACUCUCUCCUGGAGCUGGGGUUGACUCGCAGCGUCCGCGACCCGUUCCUUAUACUGGAGAGCGCGUGGAGGAAUCCCAACUGGACAACCAUGAAAGAUGCGCUUGCUGAAGUGGAGUACAAUUGUCCGAAAGAAUUGGCCUGGCUGGUGAACCUGUACCGCGGCUACCUCUGCAUCUGCGCGGGCGUGGAGCAGCAGCUGAGCGGCGUGGAGCGGCACGCGGAGGCCGCGGCGGCGCAGUGCCUGCGCGAGUGGCGCCGCCUGCCGCGCGUCGUGUCGCACGCGCACCUGCCCCUGCUGCGCGCCGCGCAGCAACUCAUGGAGCUGAGCGAGGCCGCGCAGAUACACACCGGUCUCGUCCACAGCCGGCCCACGUCCCUCCACGACAUGAAGGCCAUCGUGAAGACAUGGCGCAACCGUCUCCCUGUCGUCGCGGACCCGCUGUCGCACUGGGGCGCCAUCUUCACGUGGCGACAGCACCAUUACCAGUUCAUAGCUUCGCACUACGACUCGCAGACGGACCAUGCGAGCAAUCACAGCAUGCUAGGCGUGCAUGCUAGCGCUCAGGCAAUAAUCCACUUCGCAAAAAUAGCAAGAAAGCACAAUCUAUCCGGCGUGUGUCUCGAUUCGCUGCACCGCAUCUACACAAUCCCGAGCGUCCCCAUAGUCGAUUGCUUCCAGAAAAUCAGACAGCAAGUCAAGUGCCACAUACAAAUGUCGUGGACAGAGGGCAAGGACGAACUACAAGAGGGCUUGGACAUGAUCGAGUCGACUAACUUCAAAUAUUUCACCAAGGAAAUGACCGCUGAGUUCUACGCGUUUAAAGGAUUGCUGUUAGCUCAGUUGGGGCGCUCUGAGGAUGCUAACAAAGCGUUUGCGGCCGCAGUACAGCUGCACGACACGUUGGUGAAGGCCUGGGCGUUGUGGGGAGAUUACUUGGAGCAGAUAUUCAUUAGGGACCCGCGGCAGAUCCAAGUGGGAGUCUCAGCUAUGACGUGCUUUUUGCACGCUUGUCGGCAUCAGAAUGAAUCAAAGUCGAGGAAGUACUGCGCUAAGGUCCUAUGGAUGCUAAGCUACGACGACGAGAAAAACAGCCUAGCCGAAGCUCUGGACAAGUACUCGGUGGGCGUGCCGCCCGUGCAGUGGCUGCCGUGGAUCCCGCAGCUGCUCGCCUGCCUGGUGCAGUACGACGGCAACGUCAUCCUCAACCUGCUCAGCCACGUUGGCCGCUUAUAUCCCCAAGCAGUGUAUUUCCCUAUUCGGACCCUGUACUUGACAUUGAAAAUAGAACAACGCGAGAGGCACAAAACAGCGGAAAAUUUGGCCUCGAAUCUACCACACCAGUCUGCCGCUCCUGGAAGGACGGCAGAGCAAGGCGCAUCGUCUUCCAGCGGCGGUCCCACGGGCGAGACCGGCCCCAUCAAGGCCACGCUGCCCAUGUGGCGCUGCUCGAAGAUCAUGCAGCUGCAGCGUGAGAUACAUCCCACCGUGCUCUCCUCGCUGGAGGGCAUCGUCGAUCAGAUGGUGUGGUUCCGCGAGAACUGGUACGAGGAGGUGCUGCGGCAGCUGCGCGCGGGGCUGGCCAAGUGCCACGUGGUGGCAUUCCACCACCGCGCCGCCGUGGCCGACGCCACCGUCACGCCGCACACGCUCAACUUCAUCAAAAAGGUCGUCUCCACCUUCGGCAUCUGCAUAGGCAUCGGCAUCAAAAAUGUUUCUAGUAGUGUAAGUGGUGCAUUAUCUUCAGCCGCCUCCGAGAGCCUGGCGCGGCGCGCGCAGGCCACGGUGCAGGACCCCGUGUUCCAGAAGAUGAAGACGCAGUUCACCAGCGACUUCGACUUCACGCAGCCCAACGCCAUGAAGCUGCAGAACCUCAUACAGAAGCUGAGGAAGUGGGUCAAGAUAUUGGAGGCCAAGACUAAGGUUCUGCCCAAGUCAUUCCUGAUAGAGGAGAAAUGCCGAUUCCUAUCCAACUUCAGCCUAAAGACGGCCGAGGUGGAACUGCCGGGCGAGUUCCUGCUGCCCAAGCACUCGCACUACCACGUCCGCAUCGCGCGCUUCAUGCCGCGCGUGGAGAUCGUGCAGAAACACAACACCUCCGCGCGCAGGCUGUACAUCCGCGGACACAACGGGAAGAUAUACCCGUACCUGGUCGUGAAUGACUCCGGCCUCGGGGACGCCCGGCGCGAGGAGCGCGUGCUGCAGCUGCUGCGCAUGCUCAACCACUACCUGGGCAAGCAGAAGGAAACAUCCCGAAGAUUCCUGCACUUCACAGUACCGCGUGUCGUUUCGGUGUCACCGCAGAUGCGUCUCGUAGAAGACAAUCCCAGCUCGAUAUCGCUGUUGGAUAUUUACCGCACUGAGUGCGCCAAUAGGGGCGUGGAGUACGACGCGCCAGUGGCGCGCUACUACGAGCGGCUGGCCGCCGUGCAGGCGCGCGGCUCGCAGGCCUCGCACCAGGUGCUGCGGGACAUUCUACGGGAGGUGCAAUCUACGAUGGUGCCAAAAGGCAUGCUCCGCGAGUGGGCGGCGGCGACGUUCGCCGCGCCCACCGACUACUGGACGUUCAGGAAGAUGCUCACUCUUCAGCUGUCGCUCGCCGGCUUCGCCGAGUACGCGCUGCACCUCACGCGCCUCAACCCCGACAUGAUGUACGUGCACCAGGACUCGGGGCUGCUCAACGUGUCCUACUUCAAGUUUGAUGUCGAUGAUACUACAGGCGAACUAGACGGGAACCGGCCGGUGCCGUUCCGGCUGACGCCCAACAUCUCUGAGCUGCUCACCACCAUCGGCAUCACGGGGCCUCUCACGGCCUCCGCCAUCUCCGUCGCGCGCUGCCUCGUCACGCCUAACUUCAAGAUACAAUCGAUCCUUCGCACGAUCCUGCGGGACGAGAUGGUGACCGGCUACAGGAAGCGUUUGGAAGACAAGUCCGGCCUCGCCGCCGCCGCCGGCACCUCCGCGGAAAACAAACCAAUGGAAAUGGACAACGAGACCAUCAUCAACAUGGUCACCAAGGCCGUGACGGCCAUAACCGGCCGUCUGACUUUCUUGGCCCAGUUUGAUGGUCCGGACAGCAAGGUGGCCACCCUGGUCACCGCCGCCGCCAGCCACGACAACCUCUGCCGCAUGGACCCGGCCUGGCAUCCAUGGCUGUAAACAGCUAAAAACAUUGUUGGUCCUUCGAGCCGGAUUGCGUAAAAUUAAUUGGUUAUACACAAUCUUGCUAUUUUAUUUGUGUUGGGCAAUAUACUCUUGUGAUAACGUAAUUUGGUCCUUCGGGCUGAAUGAAUCCCCGUAGAUUGAAUAGAAUCAGUUGAUUUUACACUUUCAUUAUGUUUAAGUCUAUGUAAAAACAAGUACAAUUUAUUAGAUAGGUCUAUGAAAAAUUGUGUUAAAGAUUUUUGCUAUUUUUACUCAGUAAAGUGACAACUCUGUCAGGGUUUUAAAAAUAAUCUUUUACUCGUACGUUAGCGCGUACCUGUUGUUUAUUGUCAUUAUGUUUAUACAAGUAUAAAAAGGUUUUUGUUGCUGUGUUUAACUGAAGUCUUUUUGGAUUAGUUUUAUAUUUUAAGGGUCUCAUUUAGAAGUAAGAAAUACCAAUGAAUUAAAAUUCAUAGACAGACUAACCCGACUUAAAGGUAACAGAUGUAUUAUACCGCAUUUGACAU